GCCCCGGCCAGGCGCGGAGGGAGGGAGAGGGCCGACGCUGCAUCAUUCCGCACCCGCUGCAGCGCGGCCGGACGGAGCAGGUGGAGCGGGCGGGCGCGGCGAGCCGGAGCGCGGGGCCCGAGGAGACUGCAGUGACGCUGCCCGGAGACAUGGCGGCUGUGCGUCUCUGAAUAAGCAGAAUCGGAGCCCCUCGCAGCCUCCGGCCGCCGCAGCCUGGCCAUGCCGCACGGCUGUUGACCGCACGCAGGGGCCGGCCCGGAGGACACAUGCCGCAGCAGCUGCCGCCUCGCCCCUGAUCCUCUCCCCUGCAUUCUCCAUGUUGCAUUUCUCGCCGGUUUCUCAGGCGGUGUAGCCGCGGCUGCCGGAGGGGCAACCGGGGCAUUGCUCUGCUCGUACAUCCAGCCACACGUUUCUUUUCCAUUUUCAUCCUUCCCUCCUUAGUUCCUUUUCCCUUCCCCCGCCUGCUUUGCAUCCAUCUCCCACACCCCGUUACCCCCUCCUGCCUCCAUCCGCCGGGGCUAUGGCCGCGGAAGAGGUAUUGCAGACUGUGGACCAUUAUAAGACCGAGAUAGAGAGGCUGACCAAGGAGCUCACGGAGACGACCCACGAGAAGAUCCAGGCGGCCGAGUACGGGCUGGUGGUACUGGAAGAGAAGCUGACCCUCAAACAGCAGUAUGACGAGCUGGAGGCUGAGUAUGACAGCCUCAGACAGGAGCUGGAGCAGCUGAAAGAGGCAUUUGGGCAGUCCUUCUCUAUCCACCGUAAGGUUGCUGAGGAUGGAGAGACUCGGGAGGAAACACUUCUGCAGGAGUCAGCAUCGAAGGAAGCUUACUAUCUGGGGAAGAUCUUGGAGAUGCAGAACGAACUGAAACAGAGCCGGGCUGUGGUGGCCAACGUGCAGGCAGAAAAUGAGAGGCUCACAGCCGUUGUGCAGGAUCUGAAGGAGAACAAUGAGAUGGUGGAGCUACAAAGAAUACGGAUGAAGGAUGAAAUCCGAGAAUAUAAAUUCCGAGAGGCCCGCCUCCUUCAGGACUAUACUGAACUAGAAGAGGAAAACAUCACGCUGCAGAAACUGGUGUCCACAUUAAAGCAGAACCAGGUUGAAUACGAAGGUUUAAAGCAUGAGAUUAAGCGAUUUGAGGAGGAGACGGUGCUGCUAAAUAGCCAACUGGAAGAUGCCAUCCGGUUGAAAGAAAUCGCUGAGCACCAACUGGAAGAAGCCCUUGAGACCUUAAAAAAUGAAAGGGAGCAAAAGAACAGCCUGCGGAAGGAGCUCUCCCAGUACAUCACACUCAAUGAUAACCAUAUCAGCAUUUCAGUCGAUGGACUCAAGUUUGCAGAGGAUGGAAGUGAACCCAACAAUGAUGACAAAAUGAACGGGCAUAUUCAUGGGCCCCUUGUGAAACUGAAUGGAGACUAUCGGACUCCCACUCUAAGGAAAGGAGAGUCUCUACACCCUGUUUCUGACUUAUUCAGUGAGCUGAACAUCUCAGAAAUACAGAAAUUGAAGCAGCAACUUAUGCAGGUAGAACGGGAAAAGGCCAUUCUUCUGGCCAAUCUCCAGGAGUCACAGACGCAGCUGGAACACACCAAGGGGGCACUGACGGAGCAGCACGAACGGGUGCACCGGCUCACGGAGCACGUUAAUGCCAUGAGGGGCCUGCAGAGCAGCAAGGAGCUCAAGCAGCUGGACGGGGAAAAGGGCCAGGACUCGGGAGAGGAGACCCAUGACUACGAGGUGGACAUCAAUGGCUUAGAGAUACUUGAAUGCAAAUACAGGGUGGCAGUAACUGAGGUGAUCGAUUUGAAAGCUGAAAUUAAGGCCUUAAAGGAGAAAUAUAAUAAAUCUGUAGAAAACUAUACUGAAGAGAAGACGAAGUAUGAGAGUAAGAUCCAGAUGUAUGAUGAGCAGAUUACAAGCCUUGAAAAGACCACCAAGGAGAGUGGAGAGAAGAUGGCCCAUAUGGAGAAGGAGUUGCAAAAGAUGACCAGCAUAGCCAAUGAAAAUCACAAUACCCUUAAUACAGCCCAGGAUGAGUUGGUGACAUUUAGUGAGGAGCUAGCUCAGCUUUACCAUCAUGUAUGUCUGUGUAAUAAUGAAACCCCUAACAGGGUCAUGCUGGACUACUAUAGGCAAAGUAGAGUCACCCGUAGUGGCAGCCUGAAAGGGCCUGAUGAUCCCAGGGGACUUUUGUCUCCACGGUUAGCCAGGCGGGGUGUGUCAUCCCCUGUAGAAACAAGGACCUCACCUGAACCAGUUUCAAAAGAAAACACAGAGGCCAGCAAAGAACCAAGUCCAACCAAGACUCCCACCAUCUCUCCUGUUAUUACUGCCCCACCAUCAUCUCCAGUAUUAGACACAAGUGACAUCCGCAAAGAACCAAUGAAUAUCUACAACCUUAAUGCCAUAAUCCGGGACCAAAUCAAACAUCUGCAGAAAGCUGUGGACCGGUCCUUGCAACUGUCUCGUCAAAGAGCUGCGGCACGGGAGCUGGCCCCCAUGAUUGAUAAAGACAAAGAAGCCCUAAUGGAAGAGAUCCUCAAGCUUAAGUCCCUACUGAGCACCAAACGGGAGCAGAUCGCCACACUGAGGGCAGUGCUGAAAGCCAACAAACAGACAGCUGAGGUGGCAUUAGCUAAUCUCAAGAACAAAUAUGAAAACGAAAAAGCAAUGGUGACUGAAACUAUGACGAAACUUAGAAAUGAACUGAAGGCUUUGAAAGAAGAUGCAGCAACUUUCUCAUCCCUGAGAGCAAUGUUUGCAACAAGAUGUGAUGAAUAUGUCACACAGUUGGAUGAGAUGCAGAGACAGUUAGCAGCUGCAGAGGAUGAGAAGAAGACUCUAAACACUUUGUUACGAAUGGCUAUCCAGCAAAAACUCGCCCUGACCCAGCGGCUGGAGGACUUAGAGUUUGACCAUGAGCAGUCCCGUCGCAGCAAAGGCAAACUUGGAAAGAGCAAGAUCGGCAGCCCUAAAGUAAGUGGGGAGGCAUCAGUCACCGUGCCCACCAUAGACACUUACCUCCUGCAUAGUCAGGGCCCACAGACACCCAACAUUCGGGUCAGCAGUGGCACUCAGAGGAAAAGACAAUUUUCACCUUCCCUUUGUGAUCAGAGCCGUCCCAGGACUUCAGGGGCUUCCUACCUACAGAAUUUAUUAAGAGUUCCCCCUGAUCCCACCUCCACAGAAUCAUUUCUUCUGAAGGGCCCCCCUUCCAUGAGUGAAUUCAUCCAAGGGCACCGGCUCAGCAAGGAAAAAAGGUUAACCGUGGCUCCACCAGCAAAAAGAGAUUGUCAGCAGCCUGCUGCCUCCGUACCGCCACAGCGCUCACAACUAGCCGGGGGGCAAGACUGCCUGACUCUCAGUCCUGACAUAGCUCUGCCCGAUGAGCAGCCACAUUCCAGCUCUCAGUGCGCCCCUCUACACUGUCUCUCCAAGCCUCCUUACCCCUAGUCUUCAUCUCCCGUGGACGAAUACCUGGGGUGAACGUUUUGUAGCCACACACAGGAUACUGCCCAAGAUCCAGCGCGUGUUUUCUUCUCGGUGGUUAGAUGUUUGAUUGAAUUAAUGGCCAUCAUUUUGCAAGAUGAGAGGAAGUUGGGAAGAAUAACACAAAGCACAGACUCCGGUGUGAUAAAAUACUUUAUGGUUUCUCUAAGUCACAGAUAAACUUCUGCAAUCAAAUGGCUACAGUUCAGUUAAAUCAAAAUAAAUGAAACAGGAAAUAUGUAUCUCAGAUGGCUGGCUUUACCUCGAUAGCUUAAGAGAGACCUCAGACAAUGUAAAACACAUAUAUUGUAAAAUCAUCUUUCCUUACACUUCAAAUUCAGCUACAGAAGUUGAUUCUAAUUUUUUGGUCAUUGAUAUUUACUUUGUACUUUAUUUGCCACAUGAUUUAUGUCUAUAAAAAUCAUUUCUAUGAGAGAUGAACUUCAUUUAUUUUAAAAUACACAUAAUUUGCUCAAUUAAGUAUGAUUUUAAUUUAGUCUGAAAUCUAGAAUUGGCCAGACUGUGGUCAUUUUUCUUGCACAAAGUGAUAAAUGAGGUGCAUCGGAAUGUUAACAAUAACUGUAUUUUGCUGCUACACUGGUAUUGUUUAUGCACUUACUUUCUAAUCGGUAGCUCAUUGUCUGCUGUUUUUUCUGUUUUGUUUUUUUUUUUAACUAGAAUUCUUCACUGGACAUUAUUAAGUAAAUCUAAAGAAGAGACUAUGUUAUGAUUCAUUGACUUAUUCAACUUUUGAUGGCAUCUUUAAUUUUUUUUAAAUUGCAGACAAGUAGAUGCACUGGUGCUGCUCCUUUGUGUGUGUAUAUGUGUAUGUGAUAAUGUUAAAGAAGGCUAAAUAACGUGAAGGGAAAAAAAUGGUGUGUUUAUUUAAUGACCAGAAUUUUUUUUACUUCUCCCCAAUUCAGGGUCUACUAUGAGUAUUUCUUGUUACAAGAUACCAAGUAUAAAUGGGAAAAAUAUAUGCAUAUGUAAGUUAGCCUUUGGUUAAUUAAUUUACCCAGAAAGUGUUCAAAUUCUGAUUAAAAUUGUAUGUUCUGUUGUUGUUAGGUUUUUUUCAUAAUGCAUCUUCCUUGCCAAAAAAACAACAGGUAAUAAACCUUAGCUCACUGUCUACUUUUGACAAACACUCAGGUGCCUACAAUCAUUAUGUUAUAUUGAGACAAUACAUGUUCCUAGUUAAUUUACAGAUUCUGCUGAGUAACUUUUAUGACUUAAUUUAAGGCAGUGGAUUUUCACAGCAAAAUUAAUUUUGCACAUAAUCUGACAAACAAGGAAAACAACUAAUUGAGCUGAAAGGUCUAACACUCUUGGGCUCCUUAUAUCAAGUGCUGCCCACACACCUGCUCCUAUCCCUCAUUCCUUGUUUAGUCAGGUAGCCUUAACUUGUUUAAAACCAUACCGGUUUGACCUUUUCGUGUAAUGAUAUCUGUAACUUCUCUUUAAAACAAAACAAUCCUCACUAUUAACACAAAAGGUAGUUAACAAUGCAGGGCUCUAACAAUGGCGAUCCAGUAGGAGCCACUCAGCUUACUUAGUGGAAGUGGUGGAACACUAGUAGAGUGGCCCAUCAAAGGUGGCAGCCAGUCGGCAAGUCGUAAAGCACAGAGCAGGAGCUCUCAUCAAUCGUACACCUAUUAAGUAGUGGUCACUGUUACCAAAGCAACCAAGGGAUUUUGAAUUCCUCAUAUGAGUGCUAUUUUCAACAGUGUCAUGUAUUAUGCAACUUGCAGUAGUUGGAAAUCUUCACCAAAAUAGGGAUUCAGGUUAAAAUACGGAAAAAGAAACAAAACAAAUCUUCAUAAAGCCCUGAUCAUGGCCACCUAAACUUCUGCUCUUUCCACUUGCAUUGCCUUGCUAUUCUAAACAUUUUCUUUAUUUUAUUGGUGUUGUAUCUGCCUGGUACCAGUCUUAGUGAGACUGUGUGGAUUUUAUUAGAGUUCAGUUAAAGGAAGCUCCCCCACCCCCGUCCCUGCUUUUUCUUUUUCAAACAUCAUGUGUUCAGACCUGAGAAGUGGCAUAGCUGCUAAGUUGACUUUUAAUUAAAAACUGUGCCUGAGGGAAAAUAUGCCUUUUUAAAAAGUACCUCAGAACAUUUUCCUAUAUUGCCUCAUCAGUUUUGUUGGUGGUGCAGGGAAUUCAGCAGUGAGUAUUGUCUGUGUGUAACUAUAGGGCAUUUGUGCUCUCUUACGCUAUAUUUGUGACCAGCUGAAAAGCUGGGUCAUAGACAAAACACUUAUUUCUUCCAAUAAAAAGUUUAUCAUUAAGUCUAUUAUAUACUAGUUUUAUUUCAGUUCAUUAUAUUAACAGAGUGGGAAAUGCUUGUUUUGAAAUAGUAAUUCUAUAAAAAUGUUAAUUUUAGCAAACUUUGCCAGAAAGAUAUAGAAACUUGGAAAUAAAUUUCUAAUUUUCAGCACAAAACUAGAUUGUAGUCCCUAAGCAGUAAGAGAGAGUUCCAUGUAUUUAUACUGUGGCUUCACUUAGUAUAGUUUAAACUGGGCCAUAUCUAUAUUUAUUUAUAGGCAUUUAAAAUGGACAAAUAUGUAUAGCAUUGAUAAAAAUCAGUACCUGUAAAGAAACAUCAGGAUUUAAAAGGAAACUGGAAAACUGAAGAACUAGUGAAAAUAAAAAAGAAUAAACCUCAAUAAGACUAGUUGAAGACAGACUUGGGGAAGAAAAACCAACUAUAGAAGUAUAAUGACAAUACUGGCUAAUUAUUGCAAACACAGUGGGCAAAGAUUAAAGAUAACUAGCAAGACUUUAAAAAGUAAGCACAAUUACCAUACUGAAAAGAAUAGGAUGCAGAAAUACUUUACUACUGAGGAUUUUUCUUAGUUAAAAAAAUAAAAUAUUUAAAAUAAAAAGGAGCAAUAAAUUGCCUUUGGUCUGGGUGCACAGGGGCAUACAGGACCCAGAAUUAAUCAUUCCAAUCAACUCAUGAUUCAUCAUAUCCCUUUUUCAUAUCCAGUUCUGUUUCAAUAAGAGGAAUUUGGAGAACUUGGUGAAAAUAGAAAGUUAUUAAAUAAUUAAGAAAAGAUUUAUAAAGAUUAUACUUUAGCCUAGGGAAGAAGAGGUACAAUAGUGAUCAUCAAGAAAAUUUAACAAAGGAUAGGUACCAACUAUGGCUGCCGUUACGAAGAUUAGAAUAAAAAAAAUGUCUUCGGUCUGAAGGAUUUAUAUUAACUCUUGGAAGGAGACUUUAAACAGUAGGAAAUUAAUCAUCAAAAUUGAUAAUCAUAAGGAAGAUUUGUUUUUUAAGAAUUAAAUAUUACUGGUGGUCUAGUAAGGAUUAAGUUAUGUGGCAAGAAAUCUUACCAUAAUGUAUUAUAAUUCUGGGAUUCCAUAAUUCUAUGGUUCUUUUAUUUAAAAUUUAAAAAUACAUUAAAUUUAUACUGGUUAGUCAUAAAAUAUUUUAUCCCUUGAAAAUAGGAUAGCAAUCUUAAUUUUUCGAAGAUAUUUGGUUAAAAAACAAAACAGGGUUGUCAGUAUUAUUUUUCCUUCCAGCUAUAUUUCAUAAUAUCUUUAAAGUUGUCCAGAAUGUAGUAAUUUUACCAUAAAAAGCCUCAAUUGUCAGAGUCUAAAAAAACAAACGUCCUCAGGAAUACUUCAGAAAUAGGUAUGCAAUCCCUCAGGGGGACAAAUUCUUCUCAAAUUUUAUCUUUUCUUAAAAGGAUCUUCAGUCUACAAUAUUUGCUUUUUCCAUGCUUUGAAAAAUUUUCCUGUACAGAUAGUCUUUCUGUUUCAAACAAGCAUGAAACACCAGUCAAAUUAAUCAACUGUGAAUGUGGACAUUUCCUGAUAUUCUGUUUUAAAUAAAAUCUUUACAAUUCUCAAUUGGAAAUUACAAAAUAUGAAAAGGAAGAAAUGAAAUAUAUUUUCUACAGAGCUAAGAAUGGCAAAUUUAAUGUGUAAUUGUUAUAAUCAAUCAGCCAAAAGACAUAAUCUGUAUCUCAGAAAGACACAUCAUGGGAAACUGAUGGAUUUCCACCAAGGAACUGUGCUAGUUCAACCCAUGAUGCCACAAAUGUGUUAAUAUUGUAGAUAUAAAGUAGGACUAGAUUCAAAAGGAACUCUUAGGAUAAAGUUCAUAAUUUAAAAAAUUUACCCUCUAUGUUUUUUGUUUGUUUAUAAACCAGAGUAAUUUAAAAUAGUCCUUAUAUUUAAGAUUUCAAAAAAUUUACAAGAAUAUGUUUUCAUUAAAUAGAAUACAAUUCUUCAAAAAGCUGUUAAAUUGAAGAUGUGAUAGAUAACAUGAUCAGUACUGAUAUUGACAAGCAAUUUUUAUUUUAAAAUCACUUUCUGUGGACGUACAAGACCAAUCUAGCUCCCGAGUGACCUUUUCCAUUGUUUGUAAUAAUGCCCCCAGAUGAGUUGUAUCUGUAAUUUAAUUCAUCUUUAUUUAAAUGACAAGUUAACUGCCACAGUCCUUGAUACAUUGCAUUUGUAUCCUGAUCCUAUUAUAUUUACAUCUGAAAGAUUUCAUCUAGACAUCUCUUUUGUCCUUCUUAAAGAAUAACUUAAAAAGAUAUUUAGUAUUAAGAUAUGUUCCCUAAUCAAGGAUUUUCCAGAAAUAAUAUUCUACUUAUGAAGAAGAGCAGCAAUUAACUGCCUUUAGUGUAAGGGUGUGAGUGCAUAAAAGUAUGCCGUGUAAAAUGUUUGCAUGAGAUAUUUCACAUCAUGUAAGCUUUCCCAUAUUCAUAAUAUGAACACUAUAGAAAAUCUUAUUUCUCUUGUGAUCUCUCCAUUAGGAAUGUAAGGAGAUUCUUUCCUAUAUCUGGUCUCCUUUCCAUAUUGAAAUGCAUGGCUCUAAUCCCUGGUGUAUUUUCAUCCUUUUCCUCUAGAGUUAUUUGAAAUUUGCCCUAUUUAAACUGAAGCCUGGAUAAACUGCUGAGCCAGAUUAUUUCUGUGGUUGGAGUUUAAUUGCUAUAGAACAUUGGUUGAGAACAUGUUUUUAUUUUAACUUCUUUUUCUUUCAAAAUUAUUCUGUUAUGGUCCUCUAAUGAAAACACUGAGAAGUAAAUCUGAUGCUUUCUAGUAUGACUGUUUUUCUUUUUAAAAAGUCAUUUUAAAACAAAUAUCAGAGAACUAUAAAGAGAAAUGGCAUCAUUUUGUUGACAAAUCAUUAUUCAGUGAUAAUGGAGAUACAGAAUGAAUCAUUUUGUUGUUUGAGUUCAAAGAUAUGAUUGUGCACCAAAUCUUAGAGGAAGUAAAUGAUUUUAACUUAUUGUCACAAAGUUUUCAGCUCAAUGGUGUGACUGUUAGUCAAUUAAACAAUUCUUUGAAAAUAUUUUAUGACAUUUUUGUAAUCUACUCAGUGUUUUUAUUUGCAUGAUUAUGCAUAUGUGAUGAACCAUACAUAAUUCUAACACUGUAUUUCUUUCCAGUAUUAACACUUGUGUAAUGUGUGGCCAACCCUGAUUUGUACACUGUAUGAUUAUUGUUGUAAUGGUCCUGCUAUUCUUACAUUUAAUUGCAAUUUUGUUAUUAUGCCUUUUGGUGUUAAAUGAUGUGAAGUGUUUCCACCUAAUGAUAAUACCAUAUGAAAACUUGACUAAAAGACUGACCUAAGACACUCUCUGUUGCUAAUUAUUUUUUUAAAUCCAAAUUUCAUAGGAAACUUGUUCUCGAAGACAAAUGCCUUUAUUUUAAAUCCAAAAAAUUAUUUUAUGAAUUUAUUUUUGCUUGUCCUUUUAAACUUUUUUUGUUGACAAUCCUAAGUGAAUGUCUCAAGGGAGAAUCCAUACAAUAUGUGCUUGUAUUUAUAUUUGAUCAUGCACUCAAUGGUUGGAAAAGGCACUACAGUGCUAAGAAAAUAACCGAGGCCAAUACAUCAAUUCUUUUAUCUUGGUUUAUGUUACCAACCGCAUAUGGUGUAAUGCAUAACUCUUUCCAGUAAAUAAACUGGUUAUCUUUCAUUCAUUUCAUCUAUGGUACCAUUUUAUCAGUUUGAGCAGUUUGUCCGUAUUUUAUGUUGAUUUGUACUUACAAAAAAAGGAAAAAUUUAUGAAUUUCUAUGAUUUAUAUAUUUACUCGAAGUGAACGCUUAUUCAAACUAAAAACUGAAUGCUUCGCUUUGACGUUUCUACACAAUCUUAUUAAGAAAUGUGUGUCAACUUUGCUCAUUUUCUCCAUUUAUCAUCACUCCUACUUGUAAUCUUUUCUAAAAGGUUGUUUUGGCAGGAGGAUACGCUUAGCUGAAUUAAAUUAGAAAUGUACCAACAUGAAGGAAAUGCCUGUUCUUAAAAAACGGAAACAGUAUUUUAAUGAAAGAAGAAUGAAGCUUGUAUGCUUUAUUUUGGGAGACAAUGCUUUGUCCUCUUUCAUAUGAAGAAACAUCAGAGUCUCAAACCUGAGGAAAGUUAAUUGGCUAGCCCCCCCCCCCCUUCAGAUAUGUGCUGUGGCAAAUGGGCUGCUUUGGGAGCCACCUGCUCUGACCUGGCUUUAUUUCUGGAGGCGGGAAAGCCAGAAUAUGGACUUAACGUGAGGUUCCAAGGAGUUGAAACCUCUAAUGCAAUCCUCGUUUUAAUGAAUCGAAUUAACCCACCAUGGGCACUGCAACGGUCCCAGCUAAAGUUGCCUGCUUACCUGUUGAAUAAAUACAACACUAGAAAUAAUAGUGUAAACUUCCCUAACAAUCUUUUUUUGUCUCUGAAAGCUAUUGUUUUUCUUUGAUAUUAUGUGUAUUUGAUCCUUGAUCUUCUCAUAUACAAUAAAGCUGAUAGCCUGCUAUAUUCAAAAGCUAGAAAAACUGGAUCAGCCUCCAGGAGCAUCGUCUCUCGUCUUCCUACAUUUUGUAGGCAACUGGGAUAGCACUAUACAGAGAGCAAUGUGGAGGUUUCCUGCAACCCCACUGAGGAGAAGAACCCAGAAUUGAUGGGAUUUCAUGCAAGGGGUUUUCUUAGUUUUUGGUUAUACACACAUUGACUAGCGCAUUGUAGGAACUCAGUACAAUUCCUUGGCUCCUUGCCAUCUAGCUUUUCUCAUAACACAUGUGGAAUUGUUAUGGAACCUAAUGUCACCUACUAUAAUAUGAGCAGGCACUAAAUGCCAGCUCACUGGGGGAAAUGGUCUUUAAAUGAAGUGAAUGGCUAUUCCUAUCAUUCUUUCCUUGUCAAUCUAAAAACUGUAUCUCUAAUGCUGUAUUUGAAGGAGCCUUAAUGUGUACAGUGAAAUAAUCUGACUGAGUCCGUUCUUAAACAUUUUAUGAAUCAACUAUCGCUUAAAUACCUUAAGAAGAAACUCAGGAUAAUUCAUCUACAACAUAACUGUCAAGGAAGAUAAAUCUCACUGUAAAAAAAUAUUGCCGGUUUCAAAAGUAAACAAAAUGUAUAAUGUAAUUUAAAUGUAAAAAGCAAUAUAAACAAAUCAUAACUCUAGUGACAUCCUGUUAAAUAGUAAAGAAAUGUUAUAACGGUCUACAUAAUUUGUGAGACUCAGUGCAAAAUUAAAAUGCAGAUCUCCUUGUUCAAAAAUUAUUAAGAAUUUCAAGACAGUGACAGCAGACAUUAAACUAACAGGGAGUUCUAGGCACAGGGCCCUGUGUGACUGUAGAAGUCCACAUGCCCAUGAAGCCAGCCUUUUCCCAGAAUAUGCUGAAAUAAUGAUUCAGAACCGCAAUACAAUGUAGCUAUCCAGAACCUGGGCUUUAUUUUUAACAGAAUGGAUUUUCCAGUUUCUGUGCUUGGAAGAAAAAAAUAAUGUGCUUUUGUUCUGGGAAAAAAAAUUAAUGCUAUUACCUCAAAGAGUUAUAAAUCAAUCUUGCAAUACUCCCAUAUUCCAACACAGUCAUACUUUUCAACUCAAAACUUCUGAACUCUCACAUACGUACCAAGUUGUACAGAGAUUAUAAAAAUCAUUAAAAAAUCUUCAAAAUUGUCAGCAGUAGACAUUUUAAUUAAUGUAUAUUAAAGUAAAACUAAUUUAACAACCCUACUGAUACCUUCAUCAUUUGACUUCCUUUGAAGUUAUAAAUUAUUAAUGUCAGUCAAAUGUCACAGGAAUAGUCACCUCAUUUAAAAGAUCUAUUAGCCCAAGAUUAAUAAGUGAUUCAUAUCAACUUUUCUUCUAAAUAAAUCAAAGGGGAAAAAUUAUUUACCUCAUGAAACCUAUUGAAACUGAAAAUAAGCUACCCUAUGUGUAAGAAAGGGAGAAAAUAAAAUAUAUGUAAUUUUUCCUGUUUUUGAUAAAGUAACAGUGGAAACCUAUAGAAAUGGUUAUCUGUAAAAGAGCAAAGUGUUGGUGUAAGGGAACAAGUGGGGAGCCAGAUUCCUCAGUAGGUGAGUACGUUUUUAUAUUGUUUUCCUAUUUCAACCAUGGAAAUAUAGUAUCUAUACAAAAAUGAAAAAGAAAAUAGGUGCUCUCAAACUUCUCACAAUGAAGUCAGAAAUUAAAAUUAGCAUAAAUUCUAGAGAAAUAAUUGUUCUAAAGCAGGCUAUGUCAGUAGAAGUAUUUUCAAAAGCAUGGAAUUUUGUGCAAAUUUUAGCUCUGGCACUUACUUACCAGCUCUGAGACUUUGGAAAUGUACUUAACGUCUCCAAGGCUCAACUGUCUCAUUUUUAAAAAGAGGAUAAAAAUGCUUACCUGGUAA